AUGGAUCUGCCAAUUUCUCCAGAAAAAGUUGCAGAACUUGGAAACUUUUCGCAUAGUCACUUCAUGGAGCAGCUCGAGCACUGUGAACUCUCCGCUAUUUGGACUCCCGUGGGCACCAACGGCCUCGUCCAGGCGCGCAAACCCUCGGAUGUAGACAACAGAGUCGUGUCCAUAAUCUUGAAAGUCCCAUCUUUGCAGCUUUGGGCCAAAGAAAACGAUCUGAAGUUAAGGCUUGAGACCAUUACCGCUCGCAACCCUGUUUGGGCUAAGGCCGGAGCAAGGGUCACUCCUGCAUCCGGAACUAUCAGCUUGGUCAUCCCAUACCCUACCCUGAACCAUGGGGCAAAAGUAUCGUUUGAGCCCGUGCCAGGCAUUCAACCGGAGGUGGUCAAUUGGGAGGCAUCAGAGACUCUUCCGCAUGGGUCAUUCGGUUGGCAAGCUCCGAAAUUUCUGCCCGGCGGCUCUGUAUUGGCCGUUACCGAAGGGGAAAUAAAGUUUCGACAUAUUGAGAUACAAUACACGCCGUCAAACUCCACGAGCGCGCCUCAGGGCCCCAACGAAAACUCACAUGAGGCCGAGGCGUCAGGGGGCGACCAUACUUGA